UCUUACUCCUCAGCAUCCAGUAAACCCCCGAAUUGGCCCCAAGAAAGCCUACCACGCAGCUGACUACCACCAGCGUAGUAAUCACUCGAGUAUUUAGCCUCCUAGCAUUAACACACUAUAAUUAGUCCAAACUACAUAAUCAUCCUUCCAAACUCAGUCUCUGAUCCAUUUAACAGACCACAUCAUUUUACCUCAUACCAUCCCGUCCCAUUGCAACUCCAUCAACACGAGCAUCAAUACAUGCAAUCACAAUGCUUCUCCUCCUCUUCUCAAUCGUCAUCCUGAUCCUCUUCUUCAAUGCUAAAUCCCUCCCACUCGUCUACUCCUUCCAGCUCCUCCCCUCCCUUUACCGAAUCCUGCAACCCCGCAACGCUCAACGGCCCAAAAAGCUCGUAUCCCCGCACCCAAUCAACACUCCAGAUCUCUUCUAUCCAGCCCUACCCAGCCUCUUCCGCCCCCACACAAGCCAAACCCACUGCCCCCUGCCGGAAAUCGACCUCAACCUACACAAAAGCAACAGCACAUUCUUCACAGAUGCGGAUCUCAGCCGCGCCCGCCUCCUCAGUCGCCUCCUUGGGCCGGCCUUGGCAUCGCUAGGCGGAAUGCCCAUGCUAGCUGCAGUCCAGGCGCGGUUCCUGCGUGAAAUUCGCCCCUUUCAGCGCUAUUGCGUGACUACUCGGAUCCUGGCGUGGGAUCAGCGGGCGUUGUGGACGGUUACGUAUUUCUUGAGGAGGGAAGUGUAUAAGGGAAUGAGGGAGGUGGACCUUGAUGGAGGGCCCACGGCCGUGUUGACGGAUAGGGAGCUCCGCAAGGGGGUGUUGGCUGUGCUGGUCAGUCGGUAUGUGGUUAAGGCUGGGAGGGUUACUGUGCCUCCGGUGGAAGUGUUGAAGCGGGCGGGAUUGUUGGUACAUGGUGAUGAUGAGGAUGAAAUUCGUCAUAAUUAUGGAGAUAGGUCUGCUAGCAAUGUUGAGGGAAAAGAGGGGGAUUCGCUGGUGGGAGAGGUGGGUAAUAAUUGCAGGAGCAUCGACGCUAGAAUCCAGCCGAAGGAUGGAGAGGUCUUGCCUGCAGACCGUGUGCAGGAGAUGAUUGGGUCUGCGAUGCAGUUCAUCGGAGAAUGCAUGUUGUAACCACACAUGGCACCCAUGGGGAUGGGUUACGUGGAAAAGGAACACUUUUUGCUUGUUUGGGAACGCGGACAGAAUGUAGGGUGCGGGGUGCAGCAGUUCGAG